UAUUAAGGGAUAUGUAUCCCACAUUGGAAAAUAAAUGGGACAUUAAGUAAUAUAUAAAAGGCUAGGGCCAAUCCACUAAUUACCAAUUGGUUUUGAGUUGGAAGCCCAUAAUAAACUCGAAUUGUUGUUUUACUUAACUUGGUAUAUAAACCAAGCUUUCUGAUCAAUAAAACAUAACUUUCUUUGAUCCCAAACUAGAAUUUGUCAUGGUAUUGGAGAGAAGAUCCCACAUCGAAAAUAUAAAAGGGACUUGAGUAAUAUAUAAGAGACUUGGGCCAAUCCACUAAUUGCCAAUUGGUUUUAAGUUGGAAGCCCAUAAUUAACUCAAUUCUAACAUGGUAUCAGAGCGGGCCCAAUACCCUGAUCCAUUAAUACGGCCCGGACAGUGGCCCGAUCAUCCCAUUAGUUGAUGGCCCAUAGAAGGCUCAGUUUCACCGAGAUCGCUAAAACAUAAAGCAUGAUUUCAGAGGAAGUAUGAUGGAUUCUGCGAGAUUAAUGGUUAUACGCACCAUUAUCUCGAGGGAGGGUAUUGGAGAGAAGAUCCCACAUUGGAAAUAUGAAAGGAACUUGAGUAAUAUAUAAGAGACUUGGGCCAAUCCACUAAUUGUCAAUUGGUUUUAAGUUGGAAGCCCAUAAUUAACUCAAUUCUAACAAAUCACCCUGCCGAAAGGAGUUACCAAGGAGCAGAAAAUCCAACUGACUAGCUGAACUCUCCAUGACUUCCGCGAAUCACCUCAUUUAAGAACUAAAGAAAUAUAAUUUAAGCUGUCUGAAGGUAAGAACUGGUGACACCAGAUCUACCCAACACAGUAAACUGCAAAAGCUAAACAUCAGGGACAUAGUCGACAAAGAUCCAAAGAUGGAACCGUAUUGAGAGCCGGAAGAGGAAAGUUGAUUGAGCUAGAUCAAAGAUAAAAUGAACCACCACCAGAAAAAUCAACACACGUCGAUUCCUAAAAUAGAGAACGCUUCCGAACAAAAGAAAAUUCAUAAGAAAUCAAGACAGUUUCCGAAACAGUCGUGUCUCACCAAGACGCCAAAGCAGAACCAACAACCCCAUAAGUGCCGCGCAAAGCUGCCAGCCGAGAGAAGCAUAUGAGAAAGAAUGCUCAUUGGAAUGCAACAAGAGACAACCUUCCCCCACCUUCACAAGCCACCACCUCUCCAAGCAGUUUAAGGAACCGCCUGCAAAACCCUGAAAAACUGACCCCGCCGACGACACUUUCUACACACACCGCGCCAAGACUCCGUCACAUACCUGAAACCAAACUUAAAUGCAUUUCCUCUCGAGAAGAGCCGUUGUCGGUUGACCCACCAGGAACAUAAUUGAUGAACAAAGUAAAAGAUAAAAAGAGGAGAAGAAGAAGAAGAAGAAAACCAUACGGUCGCGGAGCAAAAUGCAAUUAUUUUUUAGAUUUCAAAAGGAAAGAGAGACAAAAAAAAAGAGGAAAACUACAAUUUAAAUAUUGGAAAAGUCUUUGCUUGUGUUGAAACAUUUAUGUAAGCAAAAGUUAAUAAAAAAAAGUAAAAAAACAUUUUUAUACGUUUUAUUAAUCCAUUAUUUGCUUUAUGUGUAUCAAUUUGGAAUAAUAAAUUUCAGAUUAAAUAAAAAUGUAUAGUCUUUAAAAAAAAUGUAGUCUUUGAUCUCAUCCACCGGUCACCUUUUUUGCCUGCUCACAUGAUGCUUUACAAUUUUUUUUGAGCAAUCAUUCACACACCACAACAUCAAAUUAUUUAGUAGGGCCAUAAAAUGAUCUGAUACGGCAUGGAUAUGAUAAAAAGAAAGAGCAUCUUCUUGUUUAAUUAACACUAACAAACAUAAAACUAAAUUCAGUCAAUAUUAGCGAUUUAUACGAAAUUGUUUUACGACGUCAUAAAGUAGAUAACUUUACCUUUUAGAAGUUUCUAUGGUUCACAUUUGGCGGCAUCUCGCUGUUUGUCAACUCAAUCGUGUUCUCUAUAAAUAAUAACUAAUGAUUCAUCAUCUCUUCAUCCUCACAUCUAACAAUAUUUAAUAUCUCGUUUUUCCUUUUCUUCGCAUCUCUGCAAAUCAAUAUGGCUAAGUUCACAACCAUUUUUAUCAUGGCCCUCCUUCUCUGCUCAACGCUAACAUACGCAGCCCGGCUGACUCCGAUGACAACCACCUCCUCUUCCAGAGAAGACUCCGUCAAGGAAACUGAAGGAGUUAAAGCUGCAGAAGAAAACUGCAAAGGAAUUGGAGAAGAAGAGUGUUUGAUUAGACGAACUCUUGUUGCUCACACCGAUUACAUUUACACCCAGAAUCACAAGCACUAGAUCUAUAUGUAUUAAGCCAUAUAGUUAACUAGUAACAUUAUUAAACUCUAUCCCUAUACUUUCGGUUCUCUGUCCUUUUUCCAUUUUUGAAUUUCGUUGUUGCUAUUUUCAUUUCUGUUAUAUUACUAUUUCUGUUAUAUUACUAAGAGAGAUUAUUAUUCACAUUCGUUUGCAUAAUCAUGGGUUUUAAAAUAGCUUUCCGUA